UGCCAGAUAUGCAGCGUGUGUGUGUCUUGCUGUCAUAACCACCCUCCUACUGUACUGCCUAUGGAAAUCAUCGUGAGAGGUGCAGUUACAAGGACACCACAGGUCCAGACUGGACCAGAUUGAUGAGGGAAGCUGCCGCCAAUAUGGCCUAUGUUAUUGGAUGUGAUCUCCCCCACAAGGCUCCAGCUGUUGUAAUAGACUCACAAUGAAUAUUUCAGUCUCAUACAGGCCACAGUCUCCUAGACUGGACGUGUUACAAGAUUUUGGCAGAAAAUAAGGUUUCCCAGGUACCCAUUUAUCAACAAACCUGGAAGGGAGAAUUAACAGCUGGUUGAGUACCGGUAUAUGCCAACUGCCCUGGCUGGGACCUGGCUGGGCCCAUGGAUUUAUAGCUAGGCGCACUAACUGCUUCACCAUAGACGUCCUUUAAUAGCAUGGAGUUUGCCCUCCUGCCACUUAGCAUGGUUGGAUUAUCAAGAGAUGAAGGUUUUCCAUGAGAGGAAUGCUGAUGGUACAUGUGAAACAGGAAGUGCAUCAACGCCUGUAUCGGAAAAAAGCAGUACCAAGGUCAGAGAAAACAUAGCAGCACAAAGAGAAGUGAGAGAAAUGGAUAAGCUUAAUGCAGAUUUGGAGAAGGAGGAAAAAGAAGAGGAGGCAGAGAAGACGAGGAAGAAUGUACGGGACUCCAGUGAGGACUCGGACUGGGACCCCUCUGUUUACGGUCACUCUAAGAAUAGACUGAAGAAGAGAGGCCGACCAAGGGGGCGACCGAAAAGUCGAGGAACAACUCCGAGGGGCCGUCAAGGUGGCAGGAGAUGGAUUAGGGUGAAGAUUUGUGACACAGUGCAAGAAAUUGUUGAGAAAGAUGGGUACUGCCCCAGGCGUGUGUUUGGUGCCAGGCAAAUGCACUUUGAUUGGAAGGCUCAACCCAUGAAAAACUGCUUCGACCUCAAAACAGUACACCACCCCCCUGUGCCCAUUCCCUUCCCCCCAGACAUCCUUACCGUUUUCCUGUGUGCCAAUGUGGAAGGGGACAUGCGUCUCCCACCACUUAUUGUGUACCCUAGUCCACCCUCUCCUGAGGUCAAGGCAGCCAAUCCUUCGCUAGUGUGGGAGACGCACCCCGAGGCCAAUGUCACCCUGGAGGUUUACAGUAAGUGGCUGGAGACACACUUUGCGCCAGCUGUCACCGAGUACUGCCGAGAAAACAAACUGGAAGAAAAGGUAUUGCUCCUUGUCCACCCGAGGCUCCUUGACCCUCUCCUUCCCCCACCGCCCACUGCCAUCAAGGUGACCCGGCUGGGGCCAUAUAGCACUCACCCGUUUGAACAAGGUGUUGCGGAUGCUAUUCAGAGUCAUUACAAUAUGAACCUCAUGUCUCAGUACUAUAAGCUCCUCUUUAGGAAUGAGCCAGAAAAAGUUUUAAGGGACUUUUGGACGACCUGUGAUCUGAAGAAGGCAAUUACAAGUUUGUCGAAGAUUUGGAAAGAUGUCAGCCAAAGGAUUCUGCAGGAUGCAUGGCAGAAGGAGUGGCCAGAGGGUGUGCCUCCUCUCCCUCCACCACCCCCUAAGUCCGUGAAGAAAAAGGCUGCACCUCAGAAAAAGAAGCCUAAGCCUAGCAGUACUUCCAGAAAGAGACCACCACCCCUUUCUCGCUCUUCAUGCUCACACACUAACACUGCCUCCCACACUACAGAGCUAGACCCACUUUCUAUCACUCCACACACAUCCACUACCACUACAUUCCAUGCUACAGACAAUCAGCUAAAUCCUCUGUUUCCCACCUCAGAUACACUCACUGAUACUGCUUCUCCUCACACUGUAGAACUGGACCCCCUUUCUCUCACUCCACACACAUCCACAUACUCCUACAACACACCAAGCAUGCCCACAGAUCCACCUUCCCAAAUGCCAGAUGUUAAACCCACAAUCAGCUCCCUCCUGCCUGCCGGUUCAUUUCAAGUGCCUCAAGAGGUGGAGAGACUGCUCAUGAAAGCCACUCGCCUAGCCUUAGAGAAGGACCCAGACCUAGGACGCAGCACGAAGCUCUGUUUGGGAGUCAUGAAGGCAUUAAUGGCAUGGACUGAUCAACAACAAACUCCUCCUUCCCACCUGUGAUAUUAUUCUCAAGUUAAUACAAUUUAUUUUUUCCUUCAUAUUCUGUUAUUCAUCAUCAUUAUGAAACUGAUGAAUGAUGUAUUUAAUGGAAAGAGUGUAAGACUCGUAGCUCGGAUUCACAACUCUCAAUAUGUCAUGAUCUGACACCUGUGUCUGUGUAAAUUUUCAGUGUAAUAAAAUAUUCCUGAAUACCAAU